GUCAAGUUUUAAACAGAGACAAAAGAAUUUUCUAAAGUGAGACAGCUCUACACGUUUCCUUUGCUGUCAAAUCUCAAAAAAUUCUGAAAAAAAGCUUAAAAAAAGUUGAAAAACCAAGAUGGUUGACGCAGCAAGGCAAAUGCUUGAUGAGCUCAUGGGCCGCAAUCGCAACCUAGGUCCUUCCGAAAAAGGCAGAAAAGUCAAUUGGGACGAUCCGGAUUUUUGCCAAUAUUUUCUUGUAAAAUUCUGUCCGCACGAUUUGUUUGUGAACACCCGUGCUGACUUGGGUCCAUGUCCACGGCUUCACGACGAGGAGGCAAAGAAAAUGUACGAAAAUGCACGUCCGGGUGCUCGAAAGAGACAAUUCGAGGAUGACUUUUUGCGUUUUUGCAACAAUAUGCUGAACGAGGUGGAUCGAAAGAUUCAAAAAGGUCGACAGCGUUUGCUCUUAAUGAACAAAACAGAAAAUGGUCUGCCAGCUGCACCAGUCUACAUAUCCAAAUAUCACGAACAACUCAACAAUUUGAAUGCACGUAUAAAGAAACUUUUAUGCGAAGCCGAGGAAGCUGGUCAUAGAGGAGAUGUUGACCAGGCUCAGGAUUUAAUGACACUAUGUGAACAAUUAAAAGAUGAGAAGGAAGCUUUGGUAGCACAGCACGAUCAAAACAAUCCGAACCCAUCGACGGGAAAAUCACCAGACGGUGAAGAUGGUACUUCUCGUGAUGGGAUGUCCAUGUCAGUGGCUCAGCCGCCACCACCUGUGGAAAAGAAAUUGCCAUCGUGGAUGAUGGAUUUGAAUGGAAUUCCUGAGAAGCAAAUGGAAGUGUGUGAGGUUUGUGGGGCUUUCCUGAUUGUAGGUGACGCUCAACAACGAAUCGAAGACCAUCUUAUGGGCAAGCAACAUUUAGGUUAUUCAAAGCUCCGGAAUGCCGUUGAAGAAAUGCAUGAGAAGCGGCAGAAAGAACGCGAAGAAGAAGAGAAGCGACGUGAAGAGGAACGGAAAGUGCGAGGAGAUGCUGAGUUUAGUCGAGAACGUCGAGGAGGUGGUGAUCGUAGGAGGGACUUUCGUGACCGCAGUGGUUAUUCCCGGGAAAGAGGCGGUGGUCAUCGUGAUCGUUAUCACGAUCGCAGACGUGAUGAUAGAUAUUCUUCUUCGAAAUCACACAGACGCUCCCGUUCGCGAAGCCCAAGUCGUCAUAGUCGUAACAGUCGCAGUCGUAGCAGGAGUCAUAGCCGCAAGUAGUAAAAUAAGAGGAUUAAUAUAACCAGUAGUACCCCCCAAGUGCUUGUGUUUUACUCUCCAAAGACGUACCCUAAAUCAUCAAACGAGGUACCCCAAAAUAAACAUAAACAAUUAUUAACGAAAAACUGUUUACAGUUUCUUAUCCACAUCAUCAAGAAAAGCAACAAAGAAAAAUACUUAUGCCGAACGGACCACACAUCAACAUCAUUCAGGUAAAGAAACAAAAUGUUAAUCCCAAAAAACACAGUCUCGACAAAUCAGGACAGCAAUGGACUUCAUCUCAAAAAAUUUCUUCAAAAUCCUUUUACCAAUUCUAUUACCAACUCUACAUAAGAAUACUAUAUCGAACCCAUAGAGGAUCUCAAUAUUAAACAUAGCUACUGCUAGUGGAACAUUACUUCAACCUGAAAUCGCAUAAAGGUGAUCUUUUUUGUAAAUGAAUUUAAAAUUUUUCGAUUUUAUUAUUAAGUUUUUUUUUUCUGAUUAAUUAGAAAUAUAAUAAAUUACAAAAAAUAUUUAUAAUAAAUAAAUGGUUAAAAUUUUGAUCGGCAAUUUUAAA